AUGACAAAUGGGAUGUCUACCAUUUCCAUGACUUUGAGCAAAGUUGCAUCUCCAGAAAGGGGGUCUCCAACUAAAGAUUCUCCAAUGAAAGGUAACAAAAAGAAAAAGAAGCAUAGUGGUGCACAUGAACGUUUUCCUUGUAAGCAUCGAGAGCAAAUGAUAUGGAGGCCAAUAUCCACUUCCAAACCUGAAGGAGCUCCUGUUGAGGAUAAUAUUUCUGGUUCGGUUUCAGCAGAGCCCAUGGAUUUAGUACAUGAAAAAAAAAUCGCACCUGCAGUACCACAGACGGUUGUUGAUCAGGGGAGCACAAUAAACUUACCAUCCAUCAACAAGACUAAUGCCCAUUCUUUCAACUUCCACAAAAAAAUGAUAGGCAGACCCAACAGGAAGUGGAAACGCUCCUCUAGUAAAUCUUCCUCAGUUGGUUUUUCAAGCUGUUGUCAUUUUUCUGUUGGUGGUAAAAGGAAGUCCCUUGAGGUGGAACGUACACAUACCCAUAUUACACAACCUUACAAAAGGAGACUCUUGAUCUCACAAAGUAGCUAA